ACUUUCGCGAUGUUUCCCAUCGAAAAAUUAUACAUACAUAUAGGUGCUGAGUACCGAUUGAUUGUCAGAUCCACGAAGGCUGUCAGAUCCAAAGGAAAUGAAUUAUCACUCAUAACGUGUUGUUCCACCGGGUCGUAAAAUUGUGAAACACUAUUUUUUUUCGGAAGUUUUAAUAGACGUUAAUUGGAAUUACGGUAAAAGUGUCGUCUCGAAGUAAUUACGAGUGGGAGAUAAUAGCCAGUUUGCAGAAAUCAUGGACAGCAAACAGAGAGAUAGGUUAGUCAGUAUCCUCGAUCAGGUCGAGGCUCGUGUUGAGGAGUUGAGAAGAGAAGCGUGGGAGCUUGAGGAAAAGAAAGAGAACUUAUUAAGCACGUUGGACGCGCUUCAAAACAACGAAAGUGUAUUUGAAUUAGUGACCGAGGAGAGAGAAGAAAUCAUGAGAUCGGUGGAGAGGUUGUGGGUGCGGACCUCGACAGUUGAAAUCCUCAUUGAAACUCAGCGAAAUACAGAUCAAGAAGAAUCUCUGCACAAGGUAAAUGAUUUGAUCGACAGCUUGGUCAUCCAAUUGCAAGAAGAUCCCCAGGCUACACGAGAGCGAUGUAGGAGGUUCAUGAGUGCUUGUACUUCCCAUGGUCCAGAAUAUUCAGAACAAGUCUUUGAGUCUGCCAUUUUAGGUUGUACUUUAGAUGAUCAAAAGCGUAUUAAAAAAAGACUGCAGGGGCUGCUAGAUUACAUUAGUAAGAUGCAUACAAUAUAAUUUUAACGAAUAUACGUUUAAGAGCUUAUUGAGAAGAUUUCUCUUUACUUUGACUUUCGAGCGAUCAUAUUAUAUACCAUCAUGGUCUUUAACAUAGUAUAUUAUUAGAGUUCCAUAGCAAAGAAGCAAUAUUUUCAAUGAAACAUUGCAGAUAUCAUUUUCUCAUAAUUGAUCAACCAGAUUGCAGGUGUUCCUCAAUUUCCUAGAGAACAAGCUAAAUGAUAAUGAAGAGAAAAGUUCGAAUUUCAUAUUUACGAUUAUAGAUAAAAAGCAACUCUGAUAACACAUAGCUAACGUAUAGAGCAUGAAAAUAUGAAUUACCAUUCAGCUACGUUAGAGGAAGAAAUCAAAUUUAAUCUAAAUCGAAAGUUUGGUCUGUUUGCUGUCAGUCCAUUUUCUGUACUUAUUUAUUACAUGUAAUGUGAAAAAGAAAAACUACCCAAUGAUAAUUCCUAAUUUAAUUCAAAUACUUGAUAUUACACCACGACAAAUUAAAACAUAGUGAAGAGUUUGUAAUACUUUUGAUUUGUUGAAUAAUAGGCACAAUCGUCUGCAACGCACGUAUUAAAAGAU